UAUUGUGGUGAGAGUCAUUGAGAGUAAUAACGUUUUCUUAGCACCACAGCAAAAUAUGUAUGCCACAUUUCUUAAUUGCCGUAUAAAUACUUUACACAUGAUGUCUACUUUUCUUUCAUAUAUCAUACUAUUUACGUUAAAAAUGUAUUAGUAUGUGUUAUAUCACAUUUUAGACUGCUUGGAGACAAGGCAAGCUGGACACACAUGCUUGGCCCCACCACAGCCCUCGUUAAGGAGCGGUGUUACUCUUUUACGUCCAAGUAGAGGCUGCGUGGUGAAGACUGUGACAGUAAACGAAGCCUGUGAACACGGCGUUCUGUGAUUAACCCAGCUCCUCAACGACACAGGUGAACUUCUGCGGUCAAAACCGCCACACCACGGGCACUCCCCUUAGGCCUCAGCGUGUGGAGUCACGUCGAUAACCCGAGACUUCGUGCACUCGGCCACUGCUCAACAACAUGACGCCGCCCUCGACGCCCACCGUCCACGUCCUCACAAUCCUGAGUGGGCUGGGUGAUGCCGUCUCCAGCAGGCUGCCGGGGACAAAGGUGGUCAACGUUCGCACAACAGACAUGGGCUACGACGGAGAGGUUCAUAAAAAGAAGAGCAGAAGACUGACGGAUGAAGAACUGGAUCUCGUCGCGGACACAGAGAUACUGCUCACCCACACGUUUACUUUCAUUCAAAUAUUGAAACGCAAGGGUCCGGACUUCCUCACGAGGCUGCGGUGGGUGCACUUCAUGUCGGUGGGCGUCGACAACUUGGUGGAUUUCUUGGGAUCUGAGCCGCCCUUCGUUGUGACCCGCAGCACCGGGGACGCCGCGCCGGCCCUCAUGGCCGAGUACGUGGUGGGCCAGAUCCUGUGCCACGAGCGCGGCUGGCGCCCCAUCUACCUGAAGCAGCUGAGCAAGGACUGCCGCAGCUGGGGUCAAUUCCAGGAGUACCGCGGCCUGGCGCAGCUGACGGUGGGCGUGAUGGGCGUCGGCAACAUGGGCCGCGCCACGGCCGGGGUGCUCAAGGGCUUCGGCUGCCGCGUGCUCGGCCUGGCCAGGGUGCCGCGCGGCGCCGCCGCGGCGGUGCCCGGCGUGGACCGGCUGUGGUACGGGCGGGAGGGCCUCCCCGCCUUCCUGCAGGAGUGUGACUACGUGGUCAACACGCUGCCCUCCACGCCCGCCACGCGUGGCCUGCUGGGCGGCGACGUGCUCAGCGGGGCCGCCAGGAGGCCGGUGCUGGUCAACGUGGGGCGCGGGGACGUCAUCAGCGAGGCAGACCUCCUGAGGGCGCUGGGGCAGGGCUGGCUCUCCGCCGCACUGCUCGACUGCACGGAGAGGGAGCCGCCCGCCGAGGACAGCCCCCUCUGGACACACCCGCGGGUCGUCAUGACGCCUCACACGUCCACCAUCGCAAGCAACGACUUCAAGCGCGAGUCCGUCGCCAAAGACUUCUGUGACAAAUUUGCCAAGUUCCUCGCCGGGCAGCCGCUCGCCGGGCAGGUGGACUGGCAGGCCGGCUACUGAGGUGCGGGCGCUGAGGGGGCAGAGCAGCCCUUCACGGAACGGGGUGGGCUGCGACCACUGGAAUGUGCCUUGAUGAAGUGGUGCAGCGGGGCAUGUCCGAUUCUCCGUGCAGUGUAUCGUAGUGUCACAUGAAAGAACACACGUCUUUUCCAUUAAGGACACAAACUUAGGCUCAAAAUUAAUCCUUGGGGUGUAACCCUCUCUAGACCAACACCUUUGUUCAGGCAGCCACCAACACCGAGCCUCAUGGCCAACACUGGCGCCGCGAACACUGCGCACACACGCCAAUGUGUUCAGCGAUGUGCAGGGCUUUCUAGAGUACGAGUGUGCUGUGCCGUGCUGUAUAGUGUGGUAUGGUGCUGACGAGAGAUAAAUAAUACUUUCACGGUUUGUUUGUAUCAGGCAACAGAGAGAGAGAGAGAGAGAGAGAGAGAGAGAGAGAGAGAGAGAGAGAGAGAGAGAGAGAGAGAGAGAGAGAGAGAGA